CUGUGUACCAUCAAAAUGGCGGCCCCCGUCGUGGAAAGCGACCUUGUGGAUAGUGAUUUACCCCGUGCAGUGCAACUAUUGAACAGUCUCACUGAGCAGGUUGCUGCAGUGACAAGCCAUGUGCAAGGUUUGAUAAAGAGAGUCCAAGAUGGAGCAUGCCAAACUAGCAAGGGGCUGUCUUUUCUGGACCUGCGCUACCAGCUGCUGCUGUUCUACCUUCAAGAUGUCACACACCUGAUAAGCAUCAAGUCAGAGGGAGGGAGCAUAAAAGACAACAGCGCCAUCCACAGGCUGGUCACAAUCAGAACAGUCCUGGAAAAGAUGCGUCCCCUGGAUCAGAAGCUGCGAUACCAGAUUGACAAACUAGUGCGCACAGCACUGACUGGGAGCUUAGCUGAAAAUGAUCCGCUGCAGUUUCGCCCCAACCCUCAGAAUCUCAUCAGCAAACUCAGUGAAUCUGAAGAGUCAGAGGAUGAAGGAGAAGGAACAACAAAGGGUUCUGGGAAAAAAGAAUCCUCUGGUGUCAGCAAGAAAUACGUGCCCCCAAGAAUUGCUGCGAUGCAUUAUGAGGGAGACGUGACGGAGGCAGACAGACAGAAGGAGAAGGCAGACAGGCAGAAGCGCGCCGCCCUGCGCAGCACGCUGAUCCAGGAGCUGCGGCAGCAGUACAGCGAUGCUCCCGAGGAGAUCCGCGACUCCAGGGACUUCCAGACGGAGCGGCAGAGCCGUGAGGAGCUGCACAGGAAGGAGUACGAGGAGUCUAUGAUGGUGCGUCUGGCCGUGCCCCGACGAGAGAAGACCGCACGGAAGAGGGGCACGCUGGGAAUGUCAUCUCAGUUGAACAGCAUCACACGAUUCAGUGACAUCACAGCCCUGACCGGAGGGGAGGCACAGGAUGUUGAGAACCCUCGGCCGAAGAAGAAGAAGAAACUAAUGAAGAAGAAGACUAAAAAGAGAGCUUUCAAGAAACACAGAUAGGAGUGUAACACGACGGACCCCAGGUCACAGAAGAUCGCUAUGGGAACAUCCAGCAGAUUCUUUGAAAUGGCACAAUAAAUAAAA